GCUGAGAUUGCUGAGAACUCGACUGAACUAUUUAUAUUCAUAUAAUAUAGGAAUGUUACUUACAUGUCUGAUCCUCUGUGCAAAGUAAUCUGGGUUAGCAGUUAAUAGUUAUCACUAUAUUCUUUUUUAAAAAUGGCUACUACUGGCGAUGAGAGAGACACAAUAAUAGAUCAAACUUUGUCAGAGAAAUUGUUACAGAAAGGACAAAAGUCACCAUUUCUUAUUGCAAGUUUAAUAAGUUUAGCAGGUAUCUGUGGCUAUGGUGUUUAUGCGUUUAAGAAGAAAAAGAUAUCUACACAGUUAUAUUUACUACAACUCCGAGUUGCUGCCCAAGGAACAGCAAUAGCUUUUCUGACAAUAGGAAUGGGAUAUCACAUGAUAAGGAAGUAUGUCUUGCACGAUGAAAAAGAACCAUGAUGCUUAAUGCUAAAUUAAUAGCUUAAUUGUUUAAUAAAAUAGGAAUUAGAGAAAUG